AUGGACGAUGAUGGUAACCACAUACAAGAAACAGCGACAAAAUUUCAACAGUAUGUUGCAUUCUGCUACCGUGCUUGGGAUGACCUGUCUUCAGACCAACAACAACGACUGAAGAAAAUUUAUUUCCGCCAGCUGGAAGACGAUAAUAGCAGAAAGCUAGAAAUUAUUCUUGAAGAAGGUUUCAGCGCUAAUAUGAUGUUUAAGCCAACUGAAUACAUAGCGUUCCCAGAAAAGCCGGCUAAGACAGUUCCGCCCCUCAGACAAUAUGGGAGCGGACAAUCAGAACUACCAGCUAUCACUAUAUCAACAGCAUUAUAUUCUGCUGAUCGACCGACUAAUCACUGUCUGCAGAUUCUUUUACAGCAUGGCGCCGAUGUUAAUGUCAAGAGUGACCCCUUGUACGUUGCAACUAAGAUGGAAAACAUCCAUGCUAUGUCGAUAUUGUUGGAGCACGGCGCCGCUAUCAUCGGUGAACUCUACUUGGAUCUAACGCACAAACACCCUACACCUAAACGCGUGGAUAUUUUGAAACUAUUGCUGCAGUAUGGCACAUCGGUCAAUCAAACGUUUUACCGCUCGAAUACAUUGCUGCACAUUUCAGCCACCGAUCGUUAUGAGAAAGUGGAUUAUUUGGAUAUUUUAAUGAGAUUUGGCGCGGACAUGAACUCCCGGAACCAGGCGGGCUAUACGCCUUUAUGCUGCGCAGCCAGUAUGGGAAACCUGAAUGCGUUUCAAUGUCUGUUAAACGCUGGAGCUGAAUUCAAUACCGAAUCUUUGGAUAAAUCAACGCCAUUACAUCUUGCAUUUCGCAAUGCUAUGACAAAGUGUGUCCCAUCUAUUCUCAAUAUAAUUAGCACUGAUGUCAACGCCAUCAACGGCGAUAACUGUACAGCUUUAGAUUAUGCUAUGAUAUGUGGUCCAGUUUUCAAUGAAUUCGACAGAAACGGCAAAUUCUUCCGCAAAAUACCGUCUGCAAAAUACGUCAAGUUGUUGUUAUAUCACGGGGCCAGGUUAAACAAGUUUGAUUUAGAAGACUUAAAAGCGUUUCUAACACGAUCGCCCUUUGACGUUCAACUACUUACCCUACUUGUCAAUGUUUACCCUAAUUGGAAGUUUUCGGAGUUCCGGUAUUAUCCUUCUAACCUCAAGAAAUGGUAUCCAGAAUUUUACCAAGAGUUGACUGAUUUAGGAUCAAAACCCAGGUCGCUUAAACAUCAUUGUAGGUGUGCACUGCGAUUUGGUUUGAGGAAUAAAUACCAAGCAACCAUUCUAUCACUUACCUUGCCUUCGACAAUCAGACGAUAUUUGCUAUUUGAUAACAACAAUGACUUGUCAUGA